AUGCCGCAGCUGGACUCGGGCGGGGGUGGCACGGGCGGCGGCGACGACCUCGGCGCGCCCGACGAGCUGCUGGCCUUCCAGGACGAAGGCGAGGAGCAGGACGACAAGAGCCGCGACAGCGCCGCGGGCCCCGAGCGCGACCUGGCUGAGCUCAAGUCGUCGCUCGUCAAUGAGUCCGAGGGCGCGGCCGGCGACGCGGGGGUCCCGGGGGCGGGCGCCGGUGCCCGCGGCGAGGCCGAGGUCGGGGCGGAGGCUCUCGGGCGGGAACACACUUCGCAGAGACUUUUCCCCGACAAACUUUCAGAGUCUCUGGAAGACGGCCUGAAGGCCCCGGAGUGCACCAGCGGCAUGUACAAAGACACCGUCUACUCUGCCUUCAACCUGCUCAUGCACUACCCGCCCCCCUCGGGAGCAGGGCAGCACCCCCAGCCGCAGCCCCCGCUGCACAACAAGGCCAGUCAGCCUUCCCAUGGCGUCCCCCAACUUUCUCCUCUCUAUGACCAUUUCAGCAGCCCACACCCCACACCUGCACCAGCCGACAUCAGCCAGAAGCAAGGAGUUCACAGGCCUCUGCAGACCCCCGACCUCUCUGGCUUCUACUCUCUGACCUCAGGCAGCAUGGGACAGCUCCCACACACUGUGAGCUGGCCCAGCCCUCCUCUCUACCCCCUGUCCCCUUCCUGCGGAUAUAGACAGCACUUCCCUGCCCCCACCGCAGCCCCUGGCGCCCCCUACCCCAGGUUCACCCAUCCACCCCUGAUGCUAGGUUCUGGUGUCCCUGGGCACCCCGCAGCCAUCCCCCAUCCAGCCAUCGUGCCCUCUUCAGGGAAGCAGGAGCUGCAGCCCUAUGACCGCAGCCUGAAAGCACAAGCAGACUCCAAGGCAGAGAAGGAAGCCAAGAAGCCAACCAUCAAGAAGCCACUCAACGCCUUCAUGCUAUACAUGAAGGAGAUGAGAGCCAAGGUCAUUGCAGAAUGCACGCUCAAGGAGAGUGCUGCCAUCAACCAGAUCCUGGGCCGUCGGUGGCACGCACUGUCCCGGGAAGAGCAAGCCAAGUAUUAUGAGCUGGCCCGCAAGGAGAGGCAGCUGCACAUGCAGCUAUACCCAGGCUGGUCGGCGCGGGACAACUAUGGGAAGAAGAAGAGACGGUCGAGAGAAAAGCACCAAGAGUCCAACUCAGACCCUGGCUCGCCUAAGAAAUGCCGUGCUCGCUUUGGCCUCAACCAGCAGACGGAUUGGUGUGGUCCGUGCAGGAGGAAAAAGAAAUGCAUUCGGUACUUACCCGGAGAAGGCCGCUGCCCCAGCCCCGUUCCUUCCGAUGACAGUGCUCUAGGCUGCCCCAGGUCCCCAAAUCCCCAGGAUUCGCCCUCGUACCUCCUGCUGCCCCACCUCCCCACAGAACUGCUUGCUAGCCCUGCAGAACCGGCGCCUACAUCACCAGGCCGCUCAGCCACUCUCAGCCUCUCAGCCCCCUCAGAGCGACCAGCAGAGUACACAGGUACAGCAACAGCAAUCUCAGAGACAGGCAGCCUAGCAUGCACAGGACACAUGGCUUCCUCCAAGGGCUCACCCUCUGA